AUGGCUAACUCUUAUGUCCUUGCAAUUAGCAUACUAUGCUUCCUUGUCCUUACAACCGGCAGUUGUGCUUACAGGCAAAGGUCUCAACAAGCUGAUCAACAACAGCAAAUGCAGUGUCGCAUCCAAAGCCUUAACCCUCUUGAGCCUGCCAGGCGCAUCCAACACGAAGCUGGUUACACCGAUGUUUGGGACCAGAACUCUGACCAGAUUCAGUGUGCCGGUGUGGCCGCAUCACGCCAUCUUAUCCAGCAAGGAGGCCUCCUCUUGCCUACUUUCAGCAAUGCCCCUUUGCUAGCCUAUGUUGUACAAGGUAGAGGAAUUGUUGGAACCAUAAAUCCAGGCUGCGCAGAGACGUUUCAAUCGAGCGAACAAAUUGAAGUUGGAGGACGAUUUGGCUCUCAAAAGUUUAGGGAUCAACACCAGAAGAUCCACCGUUGCCGAAAAGGAGACAUCGUUGCUUUCCAAGUCGGUGUAGCUCAUUGGGUCCAUAACGACGGUAACGAAGACCUUGAACUCAUGGUAGUCCACGAUACCAACAACAUCGACAACCAGCUCGACCAGAACCUCAGGAGAUUCUUCCUUGCUGGUAAUCCACAAGAGGCAGAAAAGCAACAGAGGGGCCAACACCAACACGAGGAAAUCUUUUCAGGCAACCUUUUUCAGGGAUUUGAGACCGAGGUCUUGGCGGAAUCCUUCAAUGUGGACAUGGAGACAGCCGCGAGACUACAGGGCCAGGAUGAUAACAGGGGAUUCAUAGUUAAGGUAGGGAAGGAAUUUGAAAUGCAAAGACAAUCAAGGUACGAGGACCCAAGAAGCAACGGAUUCGAGGAAACCGCCUGCACAAUGAGAAUUAGAGAGAAUCUCGACGAUCUAGAGAGAGCAGAUAUUUACACUGCUCAAGGCGGACGUAUUAGUACUCUCAACAGCUAUAACCUUCCAAUUUUGAAGCAAAUUCAAUUGAGCGCAGAGAGAGGAGUUCUUUACAAGGUAAUCAUUCAAGUAGAGAGCUGUUAA